GUUUGAUCAUGGUAUGUAUGAAAUAAAAAUAAUAUCAUGAUUCACUUUUGAAAUAGUUGUAUUACGAAAAACAAUUUUAUUCGUUACUGUGUUGAUCAGCUGAUCCUAAAAACUGUAACAAUAUGGCGACUGUUUUAUACAUAGUAUCAUUGACAAGUUUGGACAAAAGCCAUUUUUAACUUUUAAAACACAACUGACAGAUAGUGCAAUACAUAGAGAAGUGCAGAGAAGUGUAAAAAAUUUGAGAAAAAAGUUUCUAUUGUCCGUAAGGAACAUAAGAAAGGAAAACAUGUCGAUGCAAAACCAAUCAAAACUAUUAACACUAUUAAAAGAUUAUUUCAAUAAAUUUGGUUAUGAGAAAAGUCUUCAAGUUAUUUUAUCUAAAUAUUGGGUCGAAUUCAUACAAAAGAUAGAAUAUGUGCAAGGAAAUACUAUUAGAAAAUUAUCAUUGGUUAACGUUCAAAAACAAUCAGACAAAAUAUUAAAAGGAGAUGAAAGUAAAAUUGAAAGAUCUAAGGAUCUUACUUUAAUGACAGAACAGGAAGAACAAAUCAAUGGAAAGACAAUCGAUAGUGAAAAGCUUAUGCAAAAAAUGAUAGAAAGAUCAUUUCAAAAGGAAGAUGUUAAGUCGAAUGCUUCUAAUGAUAAAUUUAAUUUGAAAGAACAAUCUUAUACAAUACAACAGAUUAUCACUGCUUUAAUUUUAAAAAUGACAAGUAGAAGAAAAGAGAGCAAUUUAGUGGCUACGUCAAAGUGGAAAGUAAACAUUAACAAUAAUAUUCCAAAGCAUAGUAUUAUUUCUCGAACGCGAUAUUUAUUGAAUAGUAUUAUAAUAGCUAAAUCGACUACAUCAAAAUGGAGAAGAAUUGAAGAUUUAUUGACUCACAUUGAUCAGUAUCCAGAAGCUCGACAUUAUGCGAUUAAGGAAGGAGCAUUAAGUACUUUACUAAGAAUGCGACAGAAAACUAAAGAUGAGCAAAUUAAAGCUUCUAUCAGAGAAUCAUUAGCGAUAAUGGGUUAUGUUGAUCCUCCAAUUGGACGUGGAAUCAGAAUCCUUUCUAUAGAUGGAGGUGGAAUUCGAGGUUUACUAGUGAUACAAAUGUUAAAGAAAUUGGAAGAAUUAACUGGAAAGAAAACGCAUGAAAUGUUUGAUUAUAUUUGUGGCGUUAGUACUGGAGCAAUUAUUGCCACUACUUUAGUCGUACCAAAGGAAUCGGAUGAAGGUGGUCUUAAGAGAAAAUCGUUAGAUGAAAUUAAUGAAUUGUACAAAGAUUUAAGUACCAGAGUAUUUACGCAAAGUGCCAUAAAAGGAACAAGUAGUUUAAUGUGGAGUCAUGCGUAUUAUGAUACAUCGUUGUGGGAGAAAUUAUUACGAGAAACAAUAGGCGAUAAACUUCUUAUAAAAACUAAUCGUGAUUUAUAUACUCCAAAAUUCUCUGCUGUAUCAGCUGUAGUUAAUCAUGAACGCGUAAUGGCAUAUGUAUUUCGAAAUUACACAUUGCCGCAUAAAGUUGAAAGUGAAUAUAUGGGAUCGCAUAAACAUGGAUUAUGGGAAGCAGCAAGAGCCUCUGCAGCUGCUCCUAGUUAUUUUGAAGAAUAUAAACAUGGUGAUUACCUUCAUCAAGAUGGAGGUAUAUUAGUAAAUAAUCCGUGUGCAGUAGCAAUACACGAAGCUAAACGAUUGUGGCCAAAUAAUUCGAUUCAAUGUGUCAUUUCACUUGGCACUGGAAGAACUCAUAAUAGAAUUUGUGAUAAUGAUUCCACAUCAGGAGAAGUAGCUAUUUCAAGUUGGAAAGAAAAAUUCUAUAAAAUAUUAGAUAGUGCUACUGAUACCGAAGCUGUGCAUACAAUGCUGAACGAUCUUCUACCUAAUCACAUAUACUUUAGAUUCAAUCCAUAUCUUACUGAAAUGUUAUCCAUGGUAGAAAUAAGACCAGACAAAAUAAAACAAUUAGAGGAAGAUGCACAAAUAUAUAUACGUAAGAACGAAGAGAAAUUUCAAAAGGCUGCUGUUGUAUUAUCUCAAUCAAGAUCAAUUCAACAGAAGUUAUUAGAUUGGGUUACGUUACAAAAAAGAAUAGCUGGCUUUUAAAAUAAAUUAAUAAUAGCACUUAGCAUUCCAUACAAAAUUACAUCUUCAUUAAUAUUUAUAUUUUGAGUAAUGCAAAUGCUAUUUAUAAAUGUGACAUUUAUUCUACUUAACAAUUACGAUUUUAUAAUCAUUAUGCUGUAAACAUUUA